UGUGACCGCGACAAAAUGUACGGAGUAGGUGGUUCUUACGAUUAGGUUAUAUUUAAAGUAUUUAUCUUUGAAAGAAAUGUCGAUUCAUUAUAGUUAAUUGCGACAGUGCUUAAUACUGUGAACGACGUAGAUACAAGAUGCGACAAUGAAGAAACUCAACGAAUUAUUCACAGUCUGUUUCUUGUUGCACUAUUUCUAUAGUGUUUGUACGACGCAUUUGCUCAUAAACGUAAAAAAUCAGGGUGGUGAUAUUCUGUUGGAAACAAUUUCUUCAAAUGUUACCGAAGAUGUUAUUACUUUGGAAUUUCAGUGUUCAGAUGGCACAUUAGUAACACAACUUAUCGACUUCAAAAAUGAAGUACAAAUAAUAAAAGCCUUAGUGCUUGGUGAAGAAGAGCGUGGUCAGAAUCAAUAUCAAGUUUUGUGCUUUGUUAACCAUUUUUUCAAAGUGGAUUUCAUAUCUUCUGAUGCAAUGUCUAAAUUGCGACAGAAAAAUCCUGGCACCGUACGUGUGGCAGAGGAAGAUAAAGGCCAUGUGAAUUAUACCAUGGACUUAUUCUUAGAUGUAUCUGAAUCCAAAGAUAUCUCUAAACACAUUGCAUCACUUUGUGGAGAAGCAGCUGGAUCUGCUUAUACUAGAAACGAAGAUAUAAAACAGUGGAUUCAGAGGCCUGGCUCAUCUGAACUUUCGCUUAUGACAGCUGUGUAUAACUUCAGCACAAAUUCUUUAACGCAACAAGGUACAAAUGAUUCAAGGUCUCUAUUUGUGACAAGGUGUGCAGAUACAUCAAAUAUGUGGGCACCUUGUACGUGUUCAUUAGAAUUAUGUAUCGGGUGGUAUCCAUGUGGUUUAAAGUUUUGUAAAGGUAAAGGUGAUGGUAAAAAGGCAGCCACUCCUUAUAAAUGUGGUAUUAAAACUUGUAAAAAGUGUUUUAUAUUCUCAUACUAUUCUAAAAUGAAGCAAAAUUGUUUAUGGGAUGAAUGA